AUGGCAUCCGGAGAUCCAGCAGAAAAUGAAAAUUCCGUAACAUUAUUUCUUAAAUAUAAAAAGGAAUUUGAAGAUGUUAUCUUAGAUAUUUAUAACAGGAUGCGUGGGGUACAAGGUGAAAAUCCUGGAAGGAAAUGUGCUCUAAUCGAGCAAAAUAAACCUAAUUUUGCUACACCAUGCCAAGAGGUUGGUAGAUAUUUAAUUGAAAUAAAGGAAAACUAUAAAUCCGAUAGCUUCAAACGUUGUAAAUACUUAAAUUAUAGGAUAAAUUCAGAUGAUAGUUAUAAUAAUUCAAGUUGGUUUCAGGGAUAUAGAGAUUUUUCGUCCAAAACAGGAAAUAUAUGCACAGACGAAAUAAAAAUUAUUCAUCAAGAUGUUUUAAAUAAACUUAAACAAUUAUAUAGCUAUUAUGAUAAUUUCAGCACAUUUAAUGGUAAAGACAAUGACUCCGAUGGUAAUAUUUGUGAAAGUGUUAGAGAAUGUUAUAACUUUUAUAACAAUAAUUACCCUGAGCCUGACCCUUUUUCUUGAGGCGUUAAUCAAUUUUUAAACCCUAAACCCUAAACCCUGAACCCUAAACCCUAAACCCUAAACCCAAAAACAUUACCACACAUAGAACAAACUUCAACACAAAUAUUACCAACUAAAAAAGAAGAUUACGUAUUUGUUCCCAUUAUAACAACAUCUAUCGUAUUACUAAUGUCUUUCACUAUAUUUUUUUUAUAUAAGUUUACUCCACUGAAAUCUUGGAUAUAUAAUCGUUUACGAAAAAAAAAAAUUAUUGAACUUAACAAAUUUCAAGAAGAAUCGAGAGAAUCCUUACAAAACCUUCAUGAAGAAGUAAAUAUAAAUUAUGAAGGAAGUUCUCAUAAUAUAUCCUAUCAACCUCAAGGAGACACUUGA